CGCUGUAUACCGUGCUUAAUCGCAAAAGGGGAAACGACAACGCAUCGGACGACUCUGGCAAACUUCUUUUUCUUCACAUCAAACAGCUUCCCAUCAGAGAAAAAUAAAACGGUCGCUCCCGAAUAUCAAUGCAGUAAUAUACGGUACCAUACAUGGAAGAAAAGGCCCGUCAAUUGUGGGACAACUUUUGCUCUAAGCACCCAACGCUUAGCUCCCGCUUAGUAGCUUUAGCUACCGCUAUUAGGCCUUAUGUUCCACCCGCCAACUUCAUCACGAUACAUUAUGCCUACUUCGUCGUCACGACCAUCAUAGGUACAUUGAUCUUCUGGGGUGCUUCGUCCCCGCCUCGCAGCAUUGGAUGGUGGGACAGUUUGUUCAUGGUGGCGUCGGCUGUCACCGCGAGCGGUCUCAAUACAGUCAAUGUCAGCCAAUUGACGACGUUCCAGCAGGUCGAGCUGCUGGUUUUGAUGAUCAUCGGUAGUCAGGUGAUUGUGUCAUGGUUCACCAUCGCAUUCCGGAAACACAUCUUCGAAAAACGUUUCGAAGAUAUUGUGGAGCAGGAGCGGGCGAAGAGGAAGAACAAGCCAUCCAAAACAGGUUCCGUCGUAGGCAUGGCAGGUGCCAUGUUUGGAGUUCCUGUCAUGUCUACUUUUGGCAAAGGUCGAUUGAGAAGCCGAUCACGACCGACCAACAAGGCGAAUGGCUCAGAUCCUCUGGAUCUGGAAGAGCUUGGGCGCGAAGAAACGUUGGUCCAGAACGCGCAGGAUCCAGUCGAUCCCAGUUCUGCCACUGAAGAGAGAGCUCAAAAUCAACAACAUAUCGGGUUUCUCGAGCCCAUCCGCGAACACGAUGGCUCAGAAGCAGCUCCAACGACGGGACAUUCGAUUUACAAGAUCCGUUCCCAGGGCGGCGAAUCCAUGUCCAUAAGGCGAAGACCCAAGACAGCCGACUCUGGAAUGUCAGACAAGUUCAACGUCAAAACUUUUGUGACUGAGCAAAAAAGCAACAUCGGCAAGCACGGCCAGUUUUUCAAUCUAUCAUCGGACGAACGCGAAUAUCUGGGUGGCGUCGAAUACCGCUCUCUCAAGUUCCUCUCUUUCUUUGUCAUGGCGUACUUUGUACUCUGGCAGCUGUUCGGUGCUAUCGCCCUGGGAGCUUGGAUGUCCGUCCACGAGACUGAAGCCACCGCGGUCAAUGCUCAGAAUCCAUGGUGGGCCGGCAUCUUUCUUGCUAUAUCAGCGUACAACAACACUGGAUUCACUUUGCUGGAUGCGGGGUUUUUACCCUUUCAAUCUUCGUACUUUGUUCUGACGGUAGUCACUAUCCUGUCACUGGCUGGUCCAGCGGCUUACCCAGUUUUCAUGCGCUGCACCAUCUGGACCAUGUCCAUACUGCUCAAUUUUUUCCGUCGACAGAAGGACUAUGGGGUUUGGAGGGAGGGUUUCGACUUCAUACUCAAGUUUCCUCGCCGAGUGUACAUCAGCAUGUUUCCGCGCAGAGACACGUGGGCAUUCGUAAUCACUUUUACCUCGUUUGUGGUAGCAGACUGGAUUCUUAUCCUAAUACUGGGAAUUGGAAACCCGACCAUGGAGGCUAUACCUGUUGGCCAGCGAAUUUUCAUCGCUCUCUUCGAAGGUUUUUCGAUCCCUUCCGGAGGCUACGCCAUUGUCGCCCCAUCAGCCAUGUAUCACGACGUGCAAGUCCUCUGGCUCGUCAUCUUCUACACGGCCGCAUACCCGCAUAUUAUCACGAUGCGGCGAACCAACGUCUACGAAGAGCGCGCCCUCGGCAUCUACGAAGGCGACCACGCCGAAGUAGAGCAACUCCACUCCGCCAGCAGCAGCCUCUUCGACGUCGACGCCAACAUCCCCACCCAAACCCUCACCAACGAUGAAUCCACCCUCGAAACCUUGACCCCACAAUCCCCCUCUGGAAGACGCCUUCCCGCCCUCGCGCGCCGCGGCACCUCCUUCGUAGGCCGCCAGAUCCAAAACCGCAUGACGUCCUUCCAAGGCGUAGGCGUCGCGAAUAAACCGACUACUUCCUCCUCAGCCCCUACCCCGCUCCGCCGAGCCGCAGAAGUAGAUUUCUCCCGCGCGUCUAUUCAUUCGUUGCAGAACCACCCUUCUACCGCUCCCCCGAGUCUUCUAUCCCAGCAAGUCCGCGGCCAACUCAGCCACGACGUCUGGUGGAUCGCGCUCGCGCUGUUCAUCAUCACCAUCAUUGAAACGCGGCACUCAAAGGAUGACCCGGUCACUUACAGCGUGUUCAACAUCCUCUUCGAGAUCGUGUCGGGCUACACGAACAUUGGAAUUAGUAUCGGGUUGCCGGAUCAAGCGUACAGUCUUACGGGCGGCAUGUACACGGGGAGUAAGAUUGUGAUGGUGUUGGUCAUGCUUAGGGGCCGUCAUAGAGGUCUUCCGGUUGCGCUGGAUCGCGCGGUGAGGUUGCCGGGGAAGAAACUUGCUGAGCAGGAGGAAGAAGAUGCCGAGAUUAGGAGUAUGUUUUCGGGCGUGGGAUCGCCUUGA